UCUAGUGAUGCAGAUUACCUUUCUGCUCCUGGAAUCUCAUCUCUGCCUCAGCUUUUCUUCUUCCAACUUCAGACUGCAUAUAAAGUGGGAUGUGGGAAAUCAGGAGAUCGAGCUAGUGAUUACUGAGAGGCCCAUGCGUGGGUAGGCCCACCCCUACCUUCGGUAGACCACGCCGCAUCACUGGGGUUCCGCUGCCAUGGCUCUGCCCAUGCGUUCAGCCAGCCGUCCUUCCGUUUGUGCUUAAAUGGCACAGCCCUUGCUCAGCGCAUCUGAAAAGGAAGGUAUCAGAAGCAGAACCCAUGGCUACCUACCCCUGCCAGAUAUGUGGCAAGACGUUCCUCACCCUGGAGAAGUUCACUAUCCACAGUUAUUCCCACUCCAGGGAGCGACCUUUCAAGUGCUUGCACCCAGAAUGUGGCAAAGCCUUCGUCUCCAAAUAUAAAUUAAUGAGGCACAUGGCGACCCAUUCGCCCCAGAAAUCUCACCAGUGCGCCCACUGUGAGAAGACCUUCAACCGCAAAGACCACCUGAAGAACCACCUGCAAACCCACGACCCCAACAAAAUGUCCUUCGUGUGUGAGCAGUGUGGCAAGAAGUACCACACCAUGCUGGGCUACAAGAGGCACAUGGCCCUCCACGCGGCCAACAACGGCGACCUCACCUGCGGGGUCUGUGCCCUAGAGCUCGCCAGCACGGCUGUGCUGCUCGACCACCUCAAAGCCCACGCUGAUGAGAAGCCCCACGGUGGAACCAAGGAGAAGAAGCACCAGUGCGACCACUGCGAGAGAUGCUUCUACACCCGCAAAGAUGUUCGGCGCCACCUGGUGGUCCACACAGGAUGCAAGGACUUCCUGUGCCAGUUCUGUGCCCAGAGAUUCGGGCGCAAGGAUCACCUCACCCGCCACACCAAGAAGACCCAUUCGCAGGAGCUGCUGAAGGAGAGUCUGCAGCCGGGAGAUCUGCUGAGCACCCUGCAUGCUCUCUCCCCCCAGUUUCAGCUCAAGGCGGCUGCCUUGGCUCCUUUCCCUUUGGGGGGUCCUGUCCAGAAUGGGCUCGCAGGUAGCUUGCAGGGUGAGGUCCACGGUCACCCCCACAAUCUUGCAGAGCAGCACCCGCAGCCUAUCAUACCGCUGCCAGAGCCCUUGGUGCCUCUGCACCCGGUGGCGUCUCCCAACUCGCCACCCCUGCAGAAUCACAAAUACAACACGGGUGCUACCUCCUAUGCUCCGUUGGCAAAUAUGCCCCUCAAAACCGAGACAAAACCCUACUGCAACAUGAAUUUGCUGGAGGAUUUGUCUCUGCAGGAGCCUCAGUCACCUCACAAGCUCAACCCAGGUUUUGAUCUGGGCAAGGGGAGCGCUGGCAAAAUAAACCUACCCAAAGAGCUCGCCCCCGAUGCUGUGAAUUUAGCCAUGCCUGCCUCUCUUGAUCUCUCCCCACUGCUGGGUUUUUGGCAGCUGCCCCCGCCUCCCCAAAAUGCUUUUGGGAAUGGCACUCUUGGCCUGGGGCCUGGGGAGGCUCUGCCCCAUCGCUUAAGCUGUCUGGGGCAGCAGCAGCAAGAUCCAUCCCUUGCCAUGAACACCAUGAGCCUGGGCCAGCUCGCCCUGCCGCCUCUGCCUCAUGUGUUCUCGGCCGCAACCGGCCAGGCCAUUCUGCCUCAUUUCCAUCAUGCAUUCAGAUGAAUGGCUUUUAAGGCACACUGAUUCGGGAAGGUGUUUUAAGAUGCUUUCUUAAAACAUCCUUUAGGAUACACGGAAAGGAAAACUGGACCGGAAAUAAUGGCUUACUCUGUGAUGACUAGCUUUGAGAUAGUUUGAGUUUCUUGAAUUGCAU